CUUGAAGUAACCCGAUGAAGCUGCAAAUGAAUUGAACUAGAGCAAAUUUCCAGCCUGAAAUCGAUACACCUGGUCUUCAUCUUCUUCAUCUCUUGCGCUGAACAUUGAUGGCAGUGGUUCUCGACAGAAGCUCCCUGUGGUAGACUUACAAAGCUGUCAAGAGGUCUUCCACCAUUCUUUUUUUCUUUUUUUCCUCAAUAUAAAAAAAACCACAACACCUGUUUGUCUCCCCCCCAUAAGUUGGGUCUGCACGUUAGGCACGAAUGCGUCUUGUCGACCUUGAGGAAUGGCGAGUCAUACAGACAAUCCAGCCACGCCUCCUAAAGGCAGUUCAGCACAAAAUAGAAGAAAGAGGCAUAAGUGAAGUUAUGCCGCACGCCGCCCAAUACGAUUUUCUCCGCUACGAGCUCCAGAAGCUCGUUCUUUCACCAACUAGUCCAGACAUGGACCAAGAAAUAAUCCAUCACUUCAAAAAGGAAAUCAUUGAGCUUUUCAAAAAGAUUUAUCCAGUUCUGUUGCAAAUUUUGCCCGAUGACCUCUCCCUCUUGUAUAUUCAGAAUCUUCUUGGCUUACAGGCAUUUGGCGACAAAAGUGAAAUGGGACGCGCCAGAGCUGACUUAACUUCGCUCGAGUUGCUGUCACUGAGCGAUACUAAGUUACUUCUCUCGGCACUUACAUCGUUCAACAAACACAUAGAAUCUAUAUUCCGGACUCAUCUCCGCGAAGCAACUCCAGCAGCAGAAAGCCCUAAACUCACUGGUAUAAUUCUUAAUGAAAAUAAGAGGGCACUGAUAGACGCACUUCUUGUGAGCUUGGAGCAACAUAUGGCUUGUUGCAAAAGACGAGAUCAACAUCAUAUGCUCCUGCAGGGAGCCGGACAAAGCUGGCACGCUGGAAUGAAUUCGUUCAUUUCCUUACUCCUAUCCUCUUGCAGAGAUCCUAUAGGAUGGCAAGAGAUUGAAUGUUUACCUGAUGAUGGACUAGUAGCUUGUCUCGAGGCGAGCAAAAGAAGGGAAAACUAAAACCCUUACAAAGUCUCUGCCAAGAUAUCGCGAUUGCACAGACUUAUAACGAUAUUCU